CAUCAACAGCCCUCAACACCGAGUUCCAGCUACGCAUUGCCGUGUUGGUGAGCGACGUCGCCAAUUGCACGGCCUUUUUUUCGACUCUGUGUUAUUGCAGACCAGGCGCAGUCUACUCCUAAUUGACCGUCCUCCUGUCCCGGCACGCUCCUUUCCACCCGACCUUACUGCAACGACACACCAUGUCCGUUCCACAGUUCUGGUCGCAGCCUCUGCGGUACCUUCGAUGGGCCUCGCACGAGAAGCCUGCUAUCUUCUACUCAAUUAUCCUCGGCUCCAUGGGCCCCGUUGCCCUCGUUACGUUACCACCCAUCCGACGGUAUUUCGGUGACGUUGACCCGGAGCAGAUCCCUUUCUCAUAUCCAAUUCCGAAAGGUCCGCGUGUGAUUCCGAAGGGAUAUGACGACGAAUGAGCUUUUGCCUAUGAUACCGACCCAUUGCAGAAGAUGAAGCGUCUCAAACUAGCAUUACUGGUGAUAUAACUGUAUAUCAAAUUUUGGGGAAGGCGUCAGUCAAACUUGAGCUGAGAGAGAACCAAUCAUAUAGUCUUGCACCGCGCAGUAUACUUCACAUCUACAUAUCCGUUACUGGAUUCGACUCUCAUUACUGGUGUUAUCGCGGUCUGAAGACUUUUUCAAUUGUACAUAAAAGAGUUUGAAUUAUUCUAAAGAGAAUUUAUUUCCCCGUUUUCCCUAUGUCAUUUUCUGUUGCCAAUGUUAAGGAAAUAUGAGAUAUAAGCUCUCAAGUAACAAG